AUGCUGGUCCGACGACCACUGCCGAAGCGCAUUACGGGAGUCCGGCUACGGCAAACGAAGGCCUUAGGAAAUCGGCGACUUGGUAAUUUCGCCGAGCACUGCCGAGGCAGGCGACGCAAACGACUAAGGCCUUCGACGGACUCGACGCACUUACCUUCCGAGGGAGGCAGGCAGGCAGGCGCAUUACGGCGUUCCGUCUCUCUCUGCGCCGGUACUCGCCCACUCGCCACCGGCGAACGCUGUUCGAACACAGUUCACGCGCGCCGCCGCCGACCGACCACUGCCGAGCCGGGCGGCUCCCGUCCGGCGACGGCAAACGACGCGAAGGAGGGAAGCAAGCAAGCAAGGCAUUCGACGGAACUUGCGCGCACUUACCUUCCAAGGCGCAUUACGGGCGUCCGGCACGGCAAACGAAGGAGGAGGACGAGGAGGGACAGGAGGCGCCCUUCCUUCGACGACGACGACGACACUCAGGCAUUCGUUCGCCGAUUCGACGGACUUAUUACUCACUCACACGCUUCUGAGUCGCAUUACGGGCGCCCGGCGAUGGCAAACGAAGGAAGGCCUUCGCGAAAUCGGUCGGCACUACUUCGAGCCAGUGGUCCGACGAGCACUGCCGAGAGGCGCACGACGCGCGUCCGGCUACGGCAAACGACGAAGGCCUUCGACGGACUCGACGCACUGACCUUCCGAGGAAGGGAGGCAGGCAGGCAGGCGCAUUACGGCGUUCCGUCUCUCGCUGCGCCGGUACUCGCCCACUCGCCACCGGCGAACGCUGUUCGUGUAACAACCUUUGCUUUUUUGAGAAAGUCUCGUGCUAGCCAGUGCGCAGAGUGUGCCGAAAGGUCGGCAACGACACGGCAAGCACAAUCGAAACGUUCAAUUACGUUCUCGAAUCUCGGUUUUCUAGCGACAGACACAGUUCACGCGCGCCGCCGCCGCCGCCGCCGACCGACCACUGCCGAGGCGGGCGGCGCGCGUCCGGUGACAGCAAACGACGCGAAGGAAGCAAGGAAGCAAGCAAGGCCUUCGACGGAACUUGCGCUCACUUACCUUCCAAGGCGCAUUACGGGAGUCCGGCGACGGCAAACAAAGGAAGGCUUCUAUCCGCGUCCGGUCGAUCACGUCGCACCACUACGAGGAAGCGGACCGUUCCAGCGCGAGAACCGCGUCGUCCCUCGCGGAGGACGAAUCGAGUCGGUCGAGGGCUUAGUCUCAAUAGAUCGCAGUGUGGUGGCUGCUCUACUAAGUACGACACCCCGAGCCUGUAGUCAAGUGGUCUACGAGCGAUCCCUUGUCUCACGCUCUACGGGGGGUUCGAAAUUUGACGGCGACGGCAAUAUCCCGCCUGUCGCGGAUGUCAAAUCGGGUGGCCCGUUUGCGGACGCCGCCGCGUGCGAGACGACAACCGCCAAAGUAGCGAACGCGCACGGCGACGACGAGCGCCACCGACGCGGACCACGACGACCGCGACCGCCCCUAUCGACGACGACGCCCGCUAUGGCAGGCUCCAGCGGAACGAAAAGAGACGCCUUUCCCGUUAUCGCGCGGAGGCAGCGUGGCGCCGCCGCUCGUUCGAGCGAGCACGCGAACCGUUGCUCCGAUCCCGCGGUUCCUCUCGUACUGGACGGGAUAGCCGUGGCCACGGCCGACGUAACAUACGUGCCGAUUGAGACGUCGCUACGAACGCUUGGCCGCCACAAGCCAGUUAUCCCUGUGGUAACUUUUCUGACACCUCUCGGCGGAACGGAGCUCUCCGCUCGGAAAGGAUCGAUGGGCCACGCUUUCGCGGUCCGUAUUCGUACUGAAAAUCGAGAUCGAGCGAGCUUUUUGCCCUUUGCUCUACGCGAGGUUUUCGUCCUCGCUGACCUCGCCUUGGGACACCUGCGUUACCGUUUGACAGACGUACCGCCCCAGUCAAACUCCCCGCUCGGCACGCAAGAGGGCCGCCGAGCGACCUGUCCCCUUUUUCACCGGGUGAGCGAGGAAAUGACGAAAGUGGCAGUAUUUCAGGUUCGACGACACCAAACGACGCCGGUCGCGGCGAAGGCCGGGAAAACUGGGACGAACGAAACGCCGGCCCACCGAGGAGGCGGAGGCCCCCGCCCGACGGAGAAGAAAAACGAAAGCGGGGAGGCGGAGAGUGAACGACGACUAAGACGAGAGGCGCGAACCGCCCACCGGCCGCCGCCGCAAACCCCCCGUCAAAGCGCGAACGGAGCGAACGCUACAGCCCCGUACCCCUCGCUUCGCACGGGCACGGCCCGACCCACCGAUCCCGAACCAAUCCUUCUUCCGAAGGGCCGCCGAAAGAGCACCGGACGCCGCCCGAGCCGCGGCGCUCUGCAGGUACCUUUUCCGUUUCUCCGGACGAGCCGAUUCCACGGACACGGUCCUUUACGAAGAAGAGAGAACUCUUCCGGGGCUCUCGGCGACGUCUCCGGGCUCGCUUGCGUCACCGCGGUUUCGCCCGAGGAGCGACGAGACGCCACCGACACCGCUGCCAGCAGCGCCGCCACCACCGGGCACUUUCCGAGUCCGGGUUCAGGAAUUUUAACCCGAUUCCCUUUCGACGGAAGGCUGGCCGCUCGUCGUUCGCGUCUCUUGUUCGAAUAUUUGCUACUACCACCAAGAUCUGCACCGGCGGUCGGCUCCACCCAGGCUCGCGCCCUAGGCUUCCGUGCUCACCGCGGCGCCCUCCUACUCGUCGCGGCAUCGGUCAGGCGCGCGCAUCGUUUUUGUUUCAGCGCAAGCGCUCCUCGCCGCGACGGUCCGGCAUCGGUCCGUCGCUCCAGCGCCAUCCAUUUUCGGGGCCGCGGAUUCCGACUUCCGUGGCCACCGUCCUGCUGUCUAUAUCGACCGACACCCUUUCAGGGAUCUCAUGGGCGUCGCGUUAGGCACCUAGCCGGACGUUUGGUUCAUCCCGCAGCGCCAGUUCUCGACGACCAAAAGUGGCCCGUGGCAAGUUCAUUCGUUUCUGCCGCCGUCGAGACGACGAAGGCGGCAGAGAAGCAGGACGCGAACGUAUUCCGGAGAGUUCGACCCGAGUUCCACCCGUUCUCCGAGUUCGGGAAAGGUCGAGGAACCGAACGGGACGGACGGGAAAAGGGGAAAACGUUCGACGGGACGAAGAUGGAAAGCGUUGAUCGAACGCCAGCGGCGAGGGAAGGCGGAGGAACCGAAACUAGACGGCUCGAUUGGUCUUUCGACACUACACCCGGUUCCGACGAUCGAUUUGCACGUCAGAGGCGCUUCGGACUUCCACCAGAGUUCUUCUGGCUUCAUCGCGACCGGGCGUGGAUCGCCGUGUUUCGGGACGGGGCCGGUGGGUUGCGCCAGAGUCGCGGACCCGAGUCGUACGGGCGGACAGUCAAACGCCGACCGACCGCGCUGGGGUGA